AUGGUCACCCUAUUAUUGCCAUGCUUUGGCUACUUUCUUGCUAAAUAUUAAGCAAGAGACGCGAGUCGCCGGGAAUCUAGAACGCAUCUGACUGCAAGCGUUCGAAUUUGGUCGCGUCGCGUUCAGAGCAGACGGGCUGUAAGAGGAGAGGAAUAUUUUGCCCUUUACUGCCCUAUAGAGAGACCGGUGACGUAGAGAAUCCCAAAAACUUGCGGAAAGUGUGGAGAAAAACAGACUGCAGUCUAUGCAUCUCCAGCGAAAAUGCGAGGAUACACUCAAACUCAUCGUAUUCGCUUCCAUGAAGCGCUUUAUGUCCUUUAUAUGUUGUGUUAUGUCAGUAAUUUAGCUUGUGCUGCUGCGGAAGUGUCGGACAAAACUGAAGUUUGGAACAAAACUCAGCUUCUCGAACUGUACAAUAAAGGUGUUUUCCGGUUGGAGAGUAUAUCGCAGAAGCUUUGCCUCUCAGCGGACACAUCCGGUCUAUCUCUGACCAGCUGUGACCCCCCGUCUGCCACCUUGCUUUGGAAAUGGGUGUCCCGGCACCGUCUCUACAAUCUGGGCACCAAACGAUGUCUUGGGAUCAAUGCGACCAAGUUGCUGCAGCCUGAUGUGGGCGUCUUUGAGUGUGACGUUUCCCUCCCAACCAUGUGGUGGCGCUGUGGAAGCAGCAUGUUAUAUAGUGCGAUGAAUAAUAAGCUAACGGUGGUGGACUCCAAAGUGGUGGUGAGGAAGACCACAUCAGUGCAUCAGUGGAGGAUUUACGGUGCAGCCGGUGAAGGGCCAUGCGCUUACCCAUAUGAAGACAUCCACACGUUACAAGGAAACUCCCGUGGGAUGACCUGCUCCAUACCCUUCAAAUACAACAAUAAAUGGUUCUGGGAUUGUACCUCUGAGGGCAGAGAGGACCGUCACCUCUGGUGUGCCACCACUAACCGCUAUGAUCAAGAUGAGAAAUGGGGCUUCUGCCCUAAUCCAGUGUCAGACUGCAAUGAAUUCUGGGAGAGCCAUCCAGAGCUGAAUGCCUGUUAUCAGUUUAACUUGUACUCCAUCCUCACCUGGAGUCAAGCUCUUACUUCCUGUCAAGCACAGGGUGGGAGUCUUCUGUCCAUCACACAGUCCAGUGAACAGAGCUAUAUCAUAGGAAGACUCUUAGAUAUGGGUGUGAUGGUCUGGAUUGGAUUAAACCAUCUCAGUCAACACGGGGGAUGGCAGUGGUCUGAUGGAUCUCCUUUGGCUCUUGUCAGUUAUACCGCAGAUCUAACCUCCACGCCGGUGCAGGAGAACCAGCAGUGUGGGGUGUUUAACUCCACGCUGGGUUCCUGGCAGAGUCUGUCCUGUGAGUCAGCCUUGCCUUACAUCUGCAAGAAAACCACCAAACACAACCGCAAUGCCGAGCCGCUUGAUGACUGGCAAUAUAAGGAGACGAUUUGUCCUGAUGGUUGGUUGGACCACAAUGCGUUUUGUUACCGGUGCGUGGAGGAGAAGUUGAGCUGGGACAGCUCUUCUAGCGCAUGCAAAGCUCUGGAGGCAGAACUGGUCAGCAUCCACUCCCUUUCCCAACAGGAACUACUACUGAAACUGCUCUCCAAUGGAUCCAACUCUAAGGUGUGGAUCGGCUUGCAUAAGGAGGCCAAACUUUCAACAGUCCAGUGGUCUGACGGCUCUCCCGUCACAUUCACAUCCUGGUACUCUCAGGAACCUUCCCAUUGCCAUGGCGACAAACAAAUCUGCGUUACCGCGGACUGGAAGGAAGGCAGAUGGCAGUUUGAAGAUUGCGAAGAGCAGCAUGCAGCAAUCUGUAAGGCAAGGGGCCUUGUUCCCCAGCAUCCUACUGGAGAAUGGGAUGAAGGAUGUUCAGAGGGAUGGAGAAGGAAGGACAACUGGUGUUAUAAAAUCACAGAUCAGGAGCAGACGUUUGAGGAUGCAGUGAAAGGAUAUUACUGCAGAUCUCCUCUUGUUACUGUAGAAAGCAGGUUUGAGCAGACCUUUCUAAAUAGCCUGAUCAGUGAAAUGGGAGGCUCUCAGUACCGAUUCUACUGGACAGCUCUGCAGGACCAGAACAGAACUGGCGAGUACCGCUGGCUGACUCAGAAUGGCUCGUCGGCAACCCUCACCUACACCAACUGGAACCGACACCAGCCAGUGAUUGGAGGAGGGUGUGUGGUGAUGUCUGGAGGUCAGGCUCUAGGUCACUGGGAGGUGAAAAAUUGUCAUACCUUUAAGGCCCUGGCUGUGUGCAAACAGGAAGUUAGUGGUAACCAUGACACCCUGAUGCCUGUGCCACACAUAGAUAUGAAUGCACAAUGUCCGACAGGAUGGGAGAGCCGCAAAGGCCUGUCUCACUGUUACAAGGUGUAUCACAGUGAGAAGAUCCUGAUGCAUCGCACCUGGACUGAGGCUCAGUUCUUCUGCCGGGCUUUGGGUGCUGAUCUGGCCAGUUUCCAUCACUAUGAAGAUCAGACUUUUGUCAAAAAGCUCCUCUCCAUGAUGUUCCAAAGUACAGAGGGUCGCUGGUUUUGGGUGGGCUUUACUAAGAGAAACCCUUGGUCUGAUGGAGCCUGGGAGUGGUCCGAUGGCACACCGGUGGUGACAUCGUUCAUUGAGGAUAUGAAUGAAUUGGACUCUCGCAUGUGUGCUGUGUACAGUGACCUCACAAACACUCUCACGCCUCACUCAUGCGACUCCAAAUAUGAAUGGAUUUGCAAGGUCCCUAGAGGUGUGGAGUUGGUCAAACCAUACUGGUACAGCGACCAACAAGAGCCGUGGGUGUUUUUCCGUGGAGCUGAAUAUUACUUUGCCAGUAAGCCAUUUCCCUGGGGGUCCGUCUCCUUUGCCUGUAAGAUGAUGGGUGCUGAUCUGCUCUCUGUUCACUCUAGAGAGGAACUGGACUUCAUCAGAGAACACAUGAUCAAGGUCUCUGAAUAUUGGUGGAUUGGUUUGUCUGCUAACAGUGGUCACAAUGGUCUCAGUUGGACUGAUGGAUCCGCUUUGGAUUAUGAGAACUGGGAAAAUGGUCGAUUUUACCGAAAGCCUGGCCAAAACUGCAUCCAGAUGUCGUCUCAAUCUGGUCAGUGGUCAGCAGGAAGCUGUAAAGAUCGACAUGGUUACGUGUGCAAGCGCAGAACAGUGUCUUUAGUGGAGGAUCCACGCGAGCCUCACUAUGUCGGCCGCUGCCCAGAAAACUGGUUCUACUAUGGACACAAGUGUCUAUUUCUGCAUCUCCCAACCCAUCCGGAAGAUGGGAAAACCUGGCAGGAUGCUCAAUCCAUCUGCUCAUCCUAUCAGGGAUCUCUGGUGUCCAUAGAGGACGAAAUUGAACAAGCUUACAUCGUCAUGCUGCUUAAUGGCUGGUCAGCGGGGCUUUGGAUUGGUGCACGGGGUCGUUUUUCCUCUAAAUGGAGCAAUGGGAAGCCACUCAGCUAUAAUAACUGGGAGAUGUCUAAUUAUAGAUCUCCUGAAGAACCUCAUUGUACUUACCUGUCCAACAGUCACAACUUCCGGGUGACAGGGCUAUGGCAGGAUGACGUCUGUACUGAGAGCGUCUAUGGCUUUGUCUGCCAGAAGCCGCAAGACAUCACCAAGCGUCCUACACAAUCCUAUUAUACCGCUUCCUCUCUGGACUCAUCUGAGUAUAAGAACCACAGUUACCGUAUCAUUCAUGGCAAUUUGAGCUGGUACCAGGCCCAGAAAACAUGUUUGGAGAAGGGGGCGGCACUUGUGAGCAUCACAGACCCGUUUCAGCAGGCCUAUCUCACUGUGCUGAUCAGCAGGCUUGAAGCCCCACACUGGAUCGGCUUGUACAGCACAGAUGAUGGUAUCUCUCACCAGUGGUCUGAUGGCAGUGAGAUUUCCUUCACUUACUGGGAAGUGUCUAAUUAUUACCCAGAGGGGCCUAUGGGAGAUGGAGGCUGCAUGUCCAUGGAUGUUAACGGACGCUGGAAAGAUGUUGAAUGUGACAUGUUGUUAUCAGGAGCGAUAUGCUACAUGCCUCCUCCGAAAAGCAUUGCUUUCUCCUAUGAAGUGGUAUGUCCUGAGACCUGGGUGAAGUUUCGUGGGAGCUGCUAUUAUUUUGAAACAGUUAUAUUAAAGAUGACCCUGGAGGAAGCGAGAAAUCACUGUAAAAAGAAGGGAAAUUUUUCAGAUGUUCUUACAGUUCAAGAUGAUGAGGAGAGCCGGUUCUUCCUUAAAGAGAUGUCACCUCAUUACCGCGGCCCUCAGAAUUUGUGGCUAGGAAUUUUAUACGACACUGACACUGAUGCUUUGACUCGACUGGAUGGCUCACCGCUCCAUUACACUAACUGGCGCUCCAAAGCUCCAGAUGCCAGUGACAUGAGGGCUGAUUCAUGUGUGACCAUGCAGGUUUCAGAUGCUGUGUGGCAGUUAGCCGACUGCACUGAGAAACUGGGCUUUAUCUGCAAAACCUCAACAGGUGCCAUCAAAGAGGUAGAACUGGAGCCAUUGAAAGGUCUACACCAAGGUGUGAUCUCAGCAGCUGCGUUGGUGGCCAUUGCGCUGUUUGCUGUGGUGAUCGGAUCAUUGUGGCUCCUUUACAAGAGAAACUCUCUGUGCAUCCUAAGGCUUCCAACGUUUGGCAGUGCCUAUUACAGACAGACAAGUUUCCAAGGAAACGACCAAGAUGAAAAUGUUUUACUCCCAGACCUAGAGCCACAAGCAGGGGACUAGCAUGUGUUUGUGUGAGCGUAUAGGUGCAUGUUUCCAUUUGUGUUUUGAGUGAGAGUGUGUUCAUUCAGUCAGGGAAACUGCAGUAGGAAUGAUGAGGAUAGUCGAGUUGUCUGUCCGUACUGUAGCUAUAGGAGGAUACUGUGCACAUACAGAUCUUAUAAAGCCCCAAGACAGACCAUUUAAACGCAUUAUGAAAGGGAUAUCCUUUAGGAAGUGAGAAAUGGGUCUUUUUCACUUUGUCUUAUAUUCAGGACAACAACAGAAUUCCUCUUGGAUGUAAAAGUUAAAAUGGGCCAAAUGGCUUGAUUUGUUGAGUGUGGUUUAAUAUUAAAGUGUUGAGGCCUGUUUACACUAAAACAAAUGUAUAUCAUGCAAAUGUGUAAAAAAAAACAUUGGACAGUUUGAAUGACACUGCAAUUUCAUUUUCUGACACCCGCUUUUCAUGAAGAAGAAAAAAGGCUAGUUCCAGAUUGUUCCUCUGUUGUUUAUUGUCGCUUAUCAAAAUAUGCCACCAAGUCGUAGUUUUAUGUAACAGCAGCAUGUUUGGGCACAUAACCAAAAGUGUGACUCUUAUUGGUUGACUAGUUUUCUUUGCAGUGCAAUGGCAAAGAGAUUAGAACUCCUCUCUGUAAAAAAAUUCCAUCAGUUGUUUUAUUGCACAAAUUUUGCAUCAAACAUUCGUCGUUUUGUAAACAGGCCUUUUAAAGUCAACAUGAAAUCAAAAUUGACCCUAUUUACUUUCUUAAAGGUGCACUCAGUAUUUUUAUCCUCAUUAAAGUUGUAUACAUAAGGAAACAAAUAGUAUUUUGAAAAGGAUAUAUAACAAAACAAAUGCAUUCCUAGUCUUAAUGGGCACGAUCUUGUUAAACAAACAAACAAAAAAAAAAAUCUUUGUAAUCUUUUAUCAAAAUAUAACAACUUGCUCCACUUCUGAAACAAAUUUCCUUUCUGAUGACAUCACCAAGGCCACUUACAUUUUAACCAAUGGUUGUCUGGCAGUGUGUGAAGAGGGGAAGAGUCAUUCACAAUUGACUGCAAACUGUUGUAUGAAGCAGACACUUUUAAUAAUGGGUAACAUUUCGAAACAUCCAUCACAUUACGAAAGUAAAAGGGGUUGUGGGUGUCAUUUCUUGUUGACUUUUAAGUGUUACUUUUUAACAUUUGCAACUAUUCAACAAUGCAACUUUUGGAUCUCUAUGAGCCUUCUAUCCAGGGCGAACUGCUUUUCUGAAGUCUUCAAAUAAUUAAUCUACAGCAGGAUGCUUGUUCUUACAAGUAGUUUGUUCUAGUUAAAACAAUAAACUACUAUCAAAAAGCCACUGCACACCAAAGCAAAGCAGAACAGCUUGGCCAUGAGUAAACGUUUACCUUGCACCUUUGGUGGUGUUAUCAGUGUUACAACCUUAUUUUAGUAUUAUUUUCUCUCCUUUGAAAUAUGAAACUGGUUUGAUCAGAAGUGUGUAUGCAUUACAUGUUUGUUCUUUAUGCGCACCUUACUUUUGCACAGCUCCCAGAUCACCGGAGCCGUGUUGUUGUAAUAAAGGCCACAGAUGCACUUCAAAUUCUUAUUCCGUGGUUUAAAAAAUAAUCUACAUUUAAAAACUUCCUCUUUAUUUCAGCUGUGUUCGCUUCUCUGCCUUUUAGCAUUGUCUAAUGGAAAUUAUUAAUGCUUCAUUUAAGAAUUUAUUCUAUUGCAAAAAUGUGAAUGAAGAACAUUGUUUUUAAUCAUCUAGUGUUUCUCUACAUUUUUGGGAAUAAGGGCACACACAAAGACUACAUUUAAGUUUCAGAAAUCCCCUCUGUACUUCCUAAUAAGCCAUGCAUAUUAAACCGCCUUGUAUAUUUGGUAAUUGUGUUGUGGUAAUGAGUGUGAAUGUGGUAGUGAGAACUAUAUUGCAAGACAAUCAAGGCUUCAUUGUUUUGCUGAAACAGAUUUCAUAUAUUGGUAAUACAUUUUGAUAAGCAGUUACAUUCUAAAAUACAGUAGCUUCUUUCCAUUCUGAACUUUUAUAUUACUGUAAAACUGUGGAUUUGUGUGUUUUUCCAUAUGUAUAAUUGUGUUUAAAGGGUCUGCAUAGUGUUAUUGUGUGUCAGUUUACAUUUUGUUCUUUUUGGUAAUGUUUAGCAGUUUUUCAGUAUAAGGUAUAAUUGUCACUGUCUCUUUUGUGAGUUUUUUUUUCUCUUCUUUUCAACAACACUUGAUCAGUUUAAUGUGACCAAAUGCAUUUUCAAUAUGUUUCACCUGGUCCGUGAUUUAAAAUAAAUGAUUAAAACCUCUGUAAAACCCAUCUCGAGUCAAAUAAGUCGAAUUGAUCAUGACUUUUAAGCAGAGAACUAAGAAAGUAUGCAGUGAAUCUAUAAUCAAACACACUUACUUUGAAAU